GAUCAUGCCUGAGCCAGCUAAGUCUGCUCCCGCCCCGAAGAAGGGCUCUAAGAAGGCAGUGACUAAGGCGCAGAAGAAGGACGGUAAGAAGCGCAAGCGCAGCCGCAAGGAGAGCUACUCCGUGUACGUGUACAAGGUGCUGAAGCAGGUCCACCCCGACACCGGCAUCUCCUCUAAGGCCAUGGGCAUCAUGAACUCCUUCGUCAACGACAUCUUCGAGCGCAUCGCCGGCGAGGCGUCCCGCCUGGCGCAUUACAACAAGCGCUCCACCAUCACGUCGCGGGAGAUCCAGACGGCCGUGCGCCUGCUGCUGCCCGGGGAGCUGGCCAAGCACGCCGUGUCUGAGGGCACUAAGGCCGUCACCAAGUACACCAGCUCCAAGUAAACAGCAUGUUCACCUAACUAACCCAAAGGCUCUUUUCAG